UUUUUCCCACCCCGCCUGCUCGCGAGAAAUGGUACGCCCCAAAUCUAGUGAGGUCAUGGCCAUAGUCAUGCGUGGAGAAGACCAUUCAGCGCUCACUGUUACUGUCCGCUUUGGCCAUUUAGCUGUUUCUCCAACACAAGCCUGCCAUGUAGUUACUCGUAAGGCGCUGAAAGCGGGAAGAAGGCGGUUCUAAGAUCUCCAGUGCUCGAGCUUUUCAGGCGCCGCACAGUCACCGGAGCAGUGAGACCUAACCCGGUGAGACCGCGGGUGCCUGAGCAUCGCUGAUUAGGUGUUUUUCGUUCGUCGUUUGGAACAAGUAUGGAGAGCUGAGGCGGUUUUCCCAGAGAGCAGGUUGCCAGAUCUCCAGAGAUGCGGUUGUUUGCUGCCCAGAGCCGGAACGAAGGACCCAGCCCGAGCGCUGACAAGCGCAGGAUGCUCGUUCUCUGCUACCAGGGUAGAUCCAUGUGGACAGGAGGCGUCCCCUGAUCUCCCAGUCCCUCUCCUUCCCCCACCCAGGCCCCACCCUGCCUCCUCCCAUUGGCAUUUCUCUCUGUCCAUCACACUGCUGUCACCAUGACGUCCACGCUGCAGACCCUAGCCUUCAAGCUGGCUCCUCCUCCAAAAGAAGUGGGGCCAGAGCCAUUGGAUCCCUGUCAUGAUGGGGUGGGACGUCGCUAUGAAGUGGUGCCAUCAGUGGUCUGCUCCAUGUGCUGUCUGUUCGGUAUCAUCUACUGCUUCUUUGGUUACCGCUGUUUCAAGGCUGUGCUCUUCCUCACCGGCCUGAUGUUCGGUUCGGUCAUCAUCUUCCUGCUGUGCUACAAGGAGCGGGUGCUGGACACACAGCUGAGUGUGGAGGCCAGCGUGGGCAUCGGCCUGGGCAUCGGCACGCUCUGCGGCCUGGUCACCAUGCUAGUGCGGAGCGUGGGCCUCUUCAUGGUGGGUCUGCUGCUGGGCUUGCUGGUGGGCAUCGGCACGCUGGUGGGCAUGGAGGAGCUGUCAUCUCAGCCGCCGCGCUCCGUGUGGGUGCCGCUGGGCGUGCUGCUGGGUCUGGGCAUGCUGUUCGCCGUGCUCACCCUACAGUGGCAGCGCUGCUUCACCACCCUGUCUACAGCCGUCUUCGGAGCAGCCGUCAUCACAGUGGCCGCCGACUAUUUUGUGGAGCUGUUCGCGCUGGUGCGCUACGUGUACGAGCGGGUGAAGGCGGCGCCAGCACAGUCGCAGUGCUGGGUCACCUGGGUGAUGCUGGGGGCCUGGCCCGCUCUCGCCCUGCUGGGGGUGCUAGUGCAGUGGAGGGUGACCGCCGAGGGCUACUCCCACACUAAAGUGAUGAUCAGCCGGCAGCAGCGGCGGGUGCAGCUGAUGCGGAUCCGGCAGAAGGAGGAGAGGAGAGAGAGCAGCAGGAAGAAGCGAAGGAAGCAGCAGUCACAGCACUCGCACCACACACACGCAGCCAAAGCCAUGCACCCCGAGCCAGCCUACCGCAGAAAACCCAACCCCGUCCGCCGAUACGACGGAGACGUCCUCUCUCCGAGCUACAUCCAGAGUUUCCGUGACCGGCAGGUGGACGGCAGGUACCCUGGAGACAGACUAUCUGGGGCACACACUGCUGUGGACAUAGACUAUGACUGUGGCUCUACUGUACCCCUGACAGCUGGAGCUGGACCCAACCUUCGAGUGUGACAUGUACAGUCACACACACACACACACACACGCGCGCACACACACACACGGAGAAACACCCUCACACUCUCACACAUGUUGACACACUCAUCUCUCUGUCGUGGUGCUGUUCCUGACUUCAGAUUCUACACAGCUCUACACCAACUGCCUCCUUCUUCUCAUCCAUCAGUGUGUGGUUUGGAGAACCGAGUGGUGCACUACAGGUCUGAGCAUGUUACUUAAGGACUGUGGGUGUAUUCAAGACACGCAGGCACAGAAACACCCUCGCGGCACAUACGCGCACACACACCCACACCCUACCGCUGAGUGUGCGCCUGAGCUGUGGCACCUUGUCCCCCAAAAAUAUUCUUAGUGCAAUGAAGCGAGUGACUAUAAAAGAAAUAAAUCUGGGCCCGAUUACAUCACAUUGUUUCAUACAUGACGUCAACAUGGCAAAGCAGUGUGAUAAGAAUCCAUAAAUGUUCGAUGUCCGUCCUGCACUAUUGCGUUUUUUCUUUUUCUCGUGAGGAAGUCAUCUCCUGGUGCUGAAACUUUUUGUCUUUGUAACAUUAAAGCUGCCCUUUGCCCUCACAUUUCUCGUAAAUCUGUGGAUCCUACAAGUCGGUGUCUGUACUGUGAUUAUAUCCCAAUUCUUGCCCUGGACUGUACCAAAUAGCUGUGUAUGGUAGGGGAGGGGUUUGCCUUGGGGGGAGGCUCCAGCGGGAGGUUGUCUCAGGAGAAUCUGCUCCUUGGCCUUGUUUCAAAGAGGCUGCAGGGGAAAGAGCCAUAUUACUGCAGACCAACUGGUCCUCUCUGGGACUUGCGAUGGCUGGUGGUGAUGGGAGGAUUAGAGGCAAAGGAAUAAAAACAGAAGAACAAGAAGAGCUACUCAGGGACAGCCAGAACAGCAUGAACUGUCAAACAAUGGACCUGGCAAUAUGAUCCUAGGACCAGCUGGAGGAUUUUGGGGGAAAAAAGAAAGUGAAGACUGAAAACGCAGGAUUUUUCUUCUCUGGUAUCAACAAAUCCUCCAUGAUGGCUCCCUCAUUGCUGUGUUUUUUGAAAUCGUUUUGCAGUGCCAUCUAACGUCUUUGGUGACGCCUUGUAGGUCUACGCUAACGUCUGUGGUGUCCUUAAAAGCGGGCUGGGAAAAGGCUCCGGAGGGUUUGACUGAACUUCACGCAGAAAGAAAUCUUCGUCCGUUGGGCCUAAAAUAGAUCGACGCGACGCUGUCCUUCCCACAUUUCAAGUUUUGAUAAACACAAAAAGUUCAUCUGUAUAUCCGUUUUUUUUUGUUUUUUUUUUGGAAGGAAUAUUCCAGCGAUUAUUACUGUCUGUUGCAUCUAUUAAAACACGGCCGAUUACUGCAGUUAUUUUGACUCUGUACUUAAUUAAGGAAGUUGCGCACUGAAGCAACUGCCCAUCAUCUUCUGUUAAGCUGUUUUAACCUCUCCAGGGUGUGUUUUGGUUUGCCCAUCUGAAUUUACGUGACCAAAUCAUAAGGCAAAUUAUUCAGUAACUGCAUGAAAUAAAUGUACAUUUUUAUUAUUUAUUUAUUUAUUUAUUUAUUUAAA